GAUUAAAAUGGACAAGAUAAGAUAAGGAGAGAUGAGUCAAGUCGACAAGAUAUUAUUAUAUCAGCAUCAAGAGGAAGUCAGUCAACGAGGCAUUAUCAUGCACAUCUUGAACAACGAGAGGUCGAUAGGCGUCUUUACCGGUUCAAGAUCAGGUAUCGAUCUUCGGAAGAGAGAGGCAAAUCUAAGCGAGGCGCGUAGCACCAGCAAGCUCUUGCAUCAUGUCGGCAGACUCCGUGUUGUCGGCCUUCAUGCAGGUGGUGCUCGAGAGGGCGUUCAUCGCCGCUCGCCAGGAGCUGGGAUUGAUCCUCGGAGUCAGCAAGGAGCUGAACAAGCUCUCCCGCACGCUCGACACCAUCCGCGCCGUGCUGGAGGACGCUGAGGAGAAGCAGAUCAGGAACGCUGCCGUGCGUGAUUGGCUUCGGCACCUCAAAGACAUUGCCUACGAAGCCGAUGACUUGCUGGAUGCGUUCAACUUCCGAGCCCUGCGGCGUAAGGUGGAGGGCGGAGAACGAACCUGGCAGGUGUUCCGUGUCUUCUCUUCUUGUUUCGGCUUGAGACAUGCCCGGUUCCGCAGCAGGAUGGCGCAUCAGAUCAUGGAGAUCAGGAAGAAACUCGAUGAGAAGGCGAAAGAGCGAGAUAACCUUCAACUCCAAGAGCUGACCGACGGUACCAGCAGAACCGAAAGUCUUCGUCGGCCGCCGACGAGCUCACUGGUGGAUGAGUCGAACGUGCUCGGCAGAGAGGAAGACCGGGAUGAGAUUGUAAGAUUCUUGGUGUCUCAAGAGUCUUCCUCGAGGAACUUGCCGGUCCUUCCCAUCGUCGGCUUCGGGGGUCUCGGGAAGACGACGCUGGCUCAGAUAGUCUACAACGACGCAAGGGUGACCAAUCAUUUCGAUCUCAAGAUGUGGGUGUUUGUCUCCUGCAACUACAACGUCGUCAGGCUCACCAAGUCGAUGGUAGAAGCUGCAACCAAGAAGAAAUCCGAUCUCACCGACCUGAACAUGCUGCAGGAGACUCUGGUGGAGGAAUUGAGAGGAAAGAGGUUCUUGCUCAUACUCGACGACGUCUGGAAUGAGGUCCGUGCUAACUGGGACAGAACACGCCUUCCACUGAACGCCGGUAGGAGCGGGAGCAAAGUGGUGAUCACGACACGGAUCAAACGGGUUGCACAAGUCAUGGGCACAGUGCCUCCCUACCAUUUGAAGAGGCUAUCGAAGGAUGCCUGUUGGACCCUCUUUAGCAGGUCCGCAUUUGCCGGAGGAGAAUUCGCCGGGAACCACAAACUGCAAGCCAUUGGGAAGGAGAUCGUGUCGAAGCUAGACGGCAUACCAUUGGCGGCCAAAACCAUAGGAAGCAUGUUGUUCGCGAGACCAGAUGAGGUCGACUGGCGGAAGAUCUUGAAAAGUGAGUUCUGGGAGUUGCCGGCGAAUGAGAACGACAUCUUGCCACCUCUCAAGUUGAGCUAUCAGACGCUCCCCUCGCAUCUGAAACAAUGCUUCUCCUACUGCUCCAUAUUUCAGAAAGGUUACGAGUUCGACAAAGAUAAGCUGGUCAAAAUCUGGAUUGGCCAAGGAUUCCUGCAACACCAGGGUACGAAGCAGAUGGAAGACACAGGAGCUGAGUACUUCGACGAAUUGCUGGGAAGGUCCUUAUUCCAGAACUCCAAGGAUGGCUAUGUGAUGCAUGACAUGAUACAAGCUCUGGCACAAUACGUCUCUGUCGACGAAUGUUUCAUUGCACAAGACUGUAGGCUGCAGGGAAUCCCUGGAAAGGUUCGCCAUCUCUCAUUGACCUCCGAAGAUUCACUGCCUAUCUCAUUAGAAGCAUUGUUUGGAUUCAGAAGCUUGCGCACGCUUGUCACACUAUAUGGAUUCAAUUCCAGUGUCAUCCAGAUUCCACCGGAUCUAUUUCUACAUUUGAAAUACCUACGCGUGCUGGAUUUCAGUGACAGUUUCCUCGAAGAAUUGCCCGAAACCAUCGGCAACUUAGUGCAUCUCCGGUACCUGGAUCUGACUGCCACUGCCAUUGCAAGGUUGCCUGAAUCAAUUAGCAAGCUCUAUAGUUUGCAGACCUUGAGACUGAGAGAGUGUUUCUCAUUGAAGGGGUUACCUAAAGGCAUAACCAAUCUGAUAAACCUACGGCAUCUGGAAGAAGACAGCAGACUGAUCUCGAGUGUGGCUGGGAUUGGGAAACUGACCUGCCUCCAGGAACUGCCUAUAUUCAAGAUUCAUCAGCAGAUCGGACAUAGGAUAUCGGAGCUGAAAGAUAUGACGGAGAUCCGAGGAAGUCUCUGCAUUUUGAAUCUGGAGAAUGUGGCUGAUGCCGAAGAAGCAAGACAGGCCAGAUUGAGCUACAAACAACAUCUGCAGAAGCUGCAACUAGAAUGGAACGCUCACAGUGCGGGCAGCUUUAGAGAUGAGGACAUACUCGAAUGCCUGCAACCACAUGAGAGCCUCAAAGAGCUUCAUAUAGAAGGCUACAAUGGCAGCAGGUUCCCCAGCUGGGUAGGAGAUCCAGUUUUCUCUAGCCUUACGAAAAUGUACUUGCACUACUGCAACUGCAGCCUCCUCCCACCUCUGGGACGGCUGCGCUUCCUUACUCACCUAGAAAUGCAUGGACUGGAUGGGAUCAAGCAUCUUGGUCCGGAGUUCUGCGGCCAUGGUAGGGAUGGUGGUUUUCCUUCCCUAGAAGUGCUGCAAUUGGAGGACAUGACAGAUUGGUUGGAGUGGUCUGGAGUCACCGAAACCCAUUUCCCGUGCCUCCGUGAGCUCAGCAUCGUGCGCUGUCCAAAAUUGAGGCGAUUGCCUGCCAUCACUUCUCUUUCUUCGGUGCACAUAUCCAACUGCUCAGACCUGCAAUCUCUACCGGCGGACCUGACCAGGCUUCGGAGACUAGAGAUAUAUCACUGUGAAAACAUGGUGGUUCCGUCAGAAGGCAGCGGGCUUCAGUCACUGGCCUCCCUCAAGCACUUGGAUGUCGAGAACUGUCCUAAGCUGAUGUCGGUGGUAGAGGCAGAGGCUGUUCAUCUUCCCAAGUCGCUUCAAGUGCUCCGAAUCAACUCAUGCACUGAUCCGAGCAGCUGGGUUUUCAAAGAGAUAAGAUUCUUAACAUCCCUCCAAUAUUUGCAGAUUUCCGAAUGCGUGAACUUGAAAGUUCUUCCGGAAGGGCUUCGUGCCCUUCCAUCCCUCCAUAGCUUUCUGGUGCUUAGGUGCCCUCAGAUCACCGCAUUGCCGGAGGAUGGCUUGCCUGCGACACUGCAAUGCUUGUCCGUAGAAAGCUGUCCGAUGCUGCAUGAACGGUGCAAGGAGGAGAGAGGCCUCGACUGGCACAAGAUAAAUCACAUACCCACCGUAGUGAUCGACGGCCAACACUUGUAAAGCAUGUUCUGCAUCAAUUAUGGGGAGAAUCACAGGAAAAAGACCUGUUCGUAUGAGAUACAGUAGGGUUUUAGUAGCAAGUUUUUGUACCACUUGGAAGUUUAUGAUACACAAACUGCUGAGCAUAUAUGGAAUAGCUACCUACGUGCACCUAAAACGCGUUCCAUUUUCGCAUUGGCAUUCAAUCGAACAACUGACGUGCAUGAGCACCUAAAUAUUAAAGCAAAGCCGUGCAGAAAUGCUAGACCGUGUGGAAACUGAUCAAGACGGAGCAAAGACAUGCCAGAGCUACCGGUGGAUGACACGGCGACGGAAGGCAAGCAGACGUCAACCCCAAUGCCCCGGUCCCGACGUGGAUCGAGAACCCGGUUUACAGCAGGCGACGCUCGGGGAUGGAGGGGGAACUAUGCGUAGGAAACUUGGCACGGAGGAGGGUGAGGAGGGCAGAAUGAGACGGCUUUCUUUUCCACUGCAAGAAACAGAGUACACGAAGGCCUAAUCGGAAGACUUCGAGCCCAGGCAGGGCAUGAGUGCCUGAUUGGCUCAACUGAAAUCUUAUGCAUUGUAAUCGAUUAAAUACCUAAUGUGUGUUACCAGCGCUCAUCAAACAACGGCAGCAAAAUGCAGACAUGAAGAAGACGAUGGCCUACAGCAGAUCGAUACUAUGCGAAGUGGUCUCAAUCGCCUGUUUCCCAGAAGGAACAGGGGACCGAUACAACUGAUUGAAGCUGAACAAGAUUUUAAGUGACAGUUGUACUGUAAUCAAAAUCAUGAAUACAUCAAACACUUCAAAGUC